UUUCGAGCGUUUUUCUCUGACGCACCGGAAAGCGGUCAUCCGAAAAAAUACGUCACUUGAUGUAAGUUUUCCCGCGGUUCUGGUGUUUGACUGGACUGAAGUCAUUUCGGGUUUUAUUUCUUGUGUGGUUUGUCCUAAACAUCCGCAAUGACAGGCGUUUAUGAAUCCCCAAAGCCCAGAAUCAAUGUGUCGAUGUUGUCUCAAUACAUUAGUCGACCAGUCUGCUUCGUUGGACGCUUGGAAAAGGUCCAUCCAUCAGGAAAGGUUCUUACGCUUACAGAUGGAGAAGGAAAGACUGCAUCAGUGGAGCUUAAUGAACCUCUGGAUGAGGAGCUGAGUGGGAUUGUAGAGGUUAUUGGAAUGGUGUCCAACAAAGGAACAAUCAUGGCUGUUUCACAUACUCAGUAUCGUGAGGACAAAGUCUCUUUUGAUCUGGAGCUGUACAACGAAGGCCUGAAAGUUCUUCAUGACUUUCCCCAGCAUUACCCGUUUGAGGUUACAUUAAGCGGUUAAACAGCACUUUUAAUUUAAUUUGACAGUUUUUGUAUAAUUGGAUAUUUUCUGUGUUUGUAAAAAAAAUAUGUAAACAGUUGUCCAGUGUUUGUUACUUGAAAUAAAACAUAAAACACA